AUGGACGUGCCAAAGAAGGCCGCUCCAAAGACCAGGGCCAUCGACGAUGAGGACUACAAUGAGGAGGACGACGAAGAGGACGAAGAUAAUGAUCCAGACUGGGAUGCCAAGCCCACCCCCAAGAAGGUAGCUGCACGCAGUCGUUUAUAA